UUGUAUGCUUGUAUGUAGCAUGUUGUCUCUUAUUUUCUGUAAGUACAUGUCAUGCGAAUUAAUGUUUUAUAAAAAUGUCAAACUCACUUGUACGCAAAGGACUUGAACUACUUGGUUACGAGAAAAAUAUAAAGCAGGAGAAAAAGAAAAGGAAACAUAUAAAAUAUAAAGGUACUUUAGAUCUCAUCCCAACAAAGCAUAGGAUAUUAUCAAAAAACGACAAAACAGAUCUUGGCACAGUUCUUGGAAGAUCCAGUAAAGUGACUAUUUAUGAAACUAAAAAACGAUUAGCAGCACAAGAGGAUCCAACCAAUGAAAAUGUGCAAAGACUGUUAAUGCUCAGUAGUAAUCAUAUUGAUUCAAAUACUACAGACAAGCUUUUGAAUCGAGCAGUAAAAAAGAGAUAUAUUCCAAAGAAAGAGAAACCUAAAGAACCUGAAGUUACUGCAUUUACAGAAGAAGAUUUCAAGAUGUUUGAACAAGAAUAUGUAGACCAAUAA